AGCUAGAAGUGCCACCUGCAUGGCUUUCUGGGGCACCCAUGGGUGCUGCCUGGGUGCAAGUGGUCUGGAAAUACCCCUCUGGGUGCCUCCUUCUGUAGGUGCCCACAGAGGGCCGUGUGCACAGAUCUGGGCAUCUUUUUACACACAUAGACCCUUCCAACAUCCCCUGCUGGCACCCAUCAGCCCCAUGGUUCCAUGUCUGGGCAUGCAAACUGCAUGUACAUCUACCAGUGUGUGCUUGCACCCCCUUUUCUUGCCUUCACCCCUCUGCAGAAACACCUUCUGGCAUCUCCCACCCACACCUCUGCCCUCAUGUGCCAACCACACCCACUCUGGCACCACACAUGCUUCUGGCCCUUUCUCCCUACCCACUAUCUUCUUUCUGGGUUCACCCCAAGCUGGAUCAGGAACAGAUGCCACCUAGCUCCAGCCUUCUGCCCCUGCUUGAAGGUGCUUUGCCACCGUGCCAGCUCUACCCCCCACCUGGGUUCUUGCCUGAGUUGUGAGUGGACCUGCCCCAGAAGCUGUCUGAGGACAUCUUACCCCCUGGAACGUGGCUGAUUUUCCUGGCAGAGCCUGUUAGAAAGGCAAAGGGGAGGGGGAGAUGACAGCCACUUGCCCCCCACACACAGCCCCUUGCAGAGCCCCAUGCCCCCUGUACUCCCCUCCCCAUGCUUCACAGAUAACAGUGCUCGUUAUCAGCCCCGUGCUGAUAACAUUGCUGCUCUCCCUAUGCUUCCAGGCACUUCGCCCACCCCUGUCCCUGCCCCACCACUCCAGGCGGGGCUCCGGCUGGCCCCAUUUGUCAGCCCGGAGCCAGGGGCUUCACUGGCACCCUGCGACAACACUCUGCAUUCUGCAGGUGCCAAGGGAUGACCCUGCAGACCCUUGGCAUCCCCAAUAGCUUCCUGGUGGGGCUGGAGUGGUUUUGACCUGCUCUGUGCCACCCACAGGGCACAGGAGCAGUUGGCAUGGUUGGGCACAGAGCUCUCCUGCUGCAGCUGCUCAGCGAGGCUGUGGCUGCGCCGGCGUUUAUCAGUUGCCUGGUUUGUAUCCCGUUGAUGCCCUCUCCAUCAGGCUGUGCCUGUCCCUGCCUUCGCCCCCCUCGCACGGGCUCUGCGCGUUCCCCAGCUAUUGAUCGUGUCAGGUUUGAUCAGAUUUUAGUUUCCAUUCCUCGCAGGCAGGGGCCCCUCACUGUGGGCAUCUUUGCACCCCUGCCCCAGUGCCCCUCAUCUCCACUGCUUUAGAGCCAAUUUGCUCUCCCGUGGGCAGGCUUUGGGUGCCUGGUUUGGUGACUGUCACACCCACCCCCCUGACCCCCUGCCGCUCCUCUCCUUUGGUUGUUGUAGCUUUGGAGACCACUUCGAGCUCACCUCCCUGUACCAGCCACCGAUUUAAGCUCCCUCACAUCUUCACGCCACUUUUCCCGGGAUAAGAGUCCCAGUGCACCAGUGAAGAGGUGCCAGCUGUGCCCCGCACCCCAGCCCCACUUCUCUCACUGCCAGCGUUUGACUCUCUCCUCACCAUCUCCAUAGCCCUCUCCUCACGAUUUCCCUGUUACAACAGCGAACAGCUUCAGUCCGUGCCCAGCCCAAGCGCCCCUGCUUUUCGCCCAGCCCCUGCCCCGGGGCGCUGCAGACUUUGCCAGACACUAACUUCUCCGGGAGCUUUUCCCCAGACCCGUGGUUCUGAGAACUCAGCCCCGUCGUCGCGGGAACUCUUCAGCUCAACUGCCUCCUACCCCCUAUCCCAACCCAGGAGUUAAUUUCUGGGGCGAUUUCUCUCUCUCUCUCUCUCUGAGUUUUGCCGCCGCCUCCGCUGCUGCCUUCUGCUCCUUUGCGAACACAGAGCCAUCGCAGAGCAACGAGGUCUCCCCCCGCAUCGCCUAGGGUUCCUUAGCAGAAGGUGCCAUAAAAUGGUCGUUUUGUGGGCUGGGGACAGGGAUCCUGGAGCUUCCCAAUCCUUGACUUUCGGUAAGCGCAGAAAGGAGGGAAAAAUGGGGCUCCGCAGCUGGGAACCUCCCCGCAGCCGCCGCUGCAGAAACAACACUCUGGAAGCAAAAUGCAAAACGCCAAAUGCCGAAGAGUGCCAAAUGCACACACCCCCUCCAGGUGCCAAAUGCACACACACACACACACACCAGGUGCCAAAUGCAACCCUCCCAAAUGCCAAACGCCAAAUGCAACCCUCCCCGGGUGCCAGUCCGACGCUGCAAAUGUCAAAUGCAAGCCCUGGGCGCAGCGUUUGCAUCCCGAGGUGAAACUCCGAAUGCAAAUCGGACCCGCCGGGUGCUGGACCCCCGGAGACAGGUCCGUAAAGCCCCCCCCGCCCCACCCUGAGCGAAAGUACCGCAGUCAGGCACGGCUCGGGGUGAUGGAAGCCCCCGGAGGUGGCUCAGGGUGGCUGACCCCCGUCGGGGGCAAGGAGGGGCCGAGGGCUCUUGCAGGAGCUGACUGCUGACACCUGGGUGAGAGCUGCCAACACCCCUGGGAAGGAGCAGAUGGAGGGGGGGGAGCUGUGAAAUUUCCCACGGGGGCUCCCCCCCAUCCUGUCCAUCCCCUCAAGGAGGAGGGCGGAGUCGGAGGAAGGGGAGGUAACGCGGUGGGACCCGCGGGGCUGGGCUCAGAGGCCGGAGCUGCUGCUGGGCCCGGGAUGAGCUGAGCUGAGCCAGGCUGAGCCCGUGGCCGGCGGCAUGGAGGAGACGGCAGCGGACGCCUACACCUACGGGGACAACGACACUGACUGCGAGUAUGCGGAGUGGGGCACCUCGCUGUCCCUGCUGCCCGCCAUCUACUUGCUGGUCUUCCUGCUGGGCACGGCGGGCAACGGGCUGGUCCUCUGGACCGUCUUCAAGGGCGGCCGCGACCGCCGGCGCUCGGCCGACACCUUUAUCGCCAACUUGGCCGCCGCCGACCUCACCUUCGUGGCCACUCUGCCGCUGUGGGCUGCCUAUGCCUGGCUGGGCUACCACUGGCCCUUUGGCACAGCCGCCUGCAAGGUCAGCAGUUACCUGGUCUUCGUCAACAUGUAUGCCAGCGUCUUCUGCCUGACGGGGCUGAGCUUCGACCGCUACCUGGCCAUCGUGCGGCCGCUGGCCACUGCCAAGCUGCGCUCACGGGUCAGCGGGCUGGUGGCCACCGUGGCCCUGUGGGCACUGGCAGCCCUGCUGGCCCUGCCGGCCCUGGUGCUGCGGCGAGCAGCCGCCCUCGGUGGGGACACCAAGAUAACCUGCUACAUGGACUACGGGGGUCUGGCUGCCCCGGGGACGGAGGGCGCCUGGGAGGUGGGGUUGGGGCUCUCCUCCACCGCCCUGGGCUUCGUGGCCCCCUUCGCCAUCAUGCUGACCUGCUACUUCUUCAUUGCCCGCACCGUGGCCAGCCACUUCCACCGGGAGCGGGCCGAGGGGCCCCGCAAGCGUAAGCGCCUCCUCACCAUCAUCACCGUGCUGGUGGCUGCCUUCGGGGGCUGCUGGCUGCCCUUCCACCUGGUGAAGACCCUCUACGUGCUGAUGGACCUGGAGGUGCUGCCGUGGUCCUGCAGCCUCCACGCCUUCCUCAACAACCUCCAUCCCUACUGCACCGGCAUCGCCUACAUCAACAGCUGCCUCAACCCCUUCCUCUACGCCUUCUUCGACCCCCGCUUCCGCCAUGCCUGUGCUGCCCUCCUCUGCUGCCGGACCCCUGGCCCCGGCCCUGAGCGCUCCGGCAGCUACUCCUCGGGGCACAGCCACCCCCCUGGUGGCAAAGGGGGGCCGGGACAGGGAGGCAAGCUGGACCAAGCCACCCAGGAGACGCUCUUCCGUGCCUGACCCACACCAAUCCACUCCCAGUGCCCCCCGAGCUGGUCUCCUUGGGGGGACCCACCUCCCCCUGCUUACCCUGGAGCCUGGCUUGCUUUGGGGACCCCCCCGCACUGCUCUUGGGAUGGGGAAACUGAGGCAGGGCCUGGGCAGAGCCCCUGGGGGGCUCAGGCAGGGACAGCUCUCCGCAGUACCCACAGGGCUUUGUAGUUUGUGACAAAUAAAUGACUUUUGGUUAAAAAAAA